AUGUAUGUAGCUGUUGUACUCGUCGCAACUACUUUAAUAAUUAGUUCAGAACAAAAGCCAAAUAAACUCCAUGGAGAUCCGAAAUCGCUAGAAACAAGAAUUGAUGAUAAAUUUAACCCAAUUGGAACUUAUGACAUUGGCAUUGUAUUACCCUAUGAGAUAUCCGCAAGAGAAAAAUUCACUAAUAUAUUUCGAAAGCCCGUGAGUCACGACAAAAUAUCACUAAACCGUAGAGGAAGAAAAAGACCAAGGAAGACUGUGAUAAAUAAGAGACCGGCGAAGAUUCAAAACAAGCCCAAUAAACCGAGACCUAGGCCAAAGAAUCCACCCAAAAAACCCAUAUACACACCAUCUAAGUCAUCCAAAAAUCCAAAAAAUAGAAACACUUUUAGAAUCGUCAUCGGUAAUAACGUGAUUAAUUUAGGUAAUGGAAAGAAUCUGGUUAUAGAGGCUGGACAAAGUUCAGAUGAAGAAGGUGAUGACCAACAAGACUACGAAAACAGUGAUGAAGAAGAUGAAUAUGAUCAACGUGAAUGUCGUGGCAAUAAAUGUAAGCCUCCAAAGAAGAAACUUAAAAAGUGGCCCUAUAAACAACCAUCCGGUUGGCCUUUUGGGAACAACUAUCCAUGGAAAUAA